AAAAAACACGCGCCAGAGAAAGCAACAACCAGGAAACGCAAGUUUAAACCAGAGAUGGGCUCAGAAAGGAGGAACCCGUCCCGUAAGGCUCGUCCCCGUGAGAACUUUGCAGUAGAGGAGAAGAGUGAGCCGCUCACCAGCAGAAGCCCCAGGACGAUAGACCCCAGGAGACUGAUGGAGGUGGACGAGGAACAUGUCGGUGAGAAAAAGAAAAGGAGGAAGAGCCAGAGCUCCAGGAAGAGCCAGUAUGAUGUGAGGUCAGUGGAGGAUAUCACCAAAGAAGACCUGGACAACAUAGCCUACCGCAGCAAAGACAAGAUCUGGGACAAGGAGAAUGGCAGCUCGUGUCACCAGUGCAGACAGAAGACUCUGGACACCAAGACAGUGUGUCGCAGUGGUUUCUGCGUAGGGGCCAAAGGUCAGUUCUGUGGGCCGUGCCUGAAGAACCGAUACGGGGAGGAUGUAUGCGAUGUGCUGCUCGACCCGACGUGGUCGUGUCCCAUCUGCCGAGAUAUGUGUAACUGCAGUCUGUGUCGUAAGAAGGAUGGCCGCUGUGCGACCGGCAUCCUGGUGGGAUUGGCCCGCUACAACGGCCACGACAAUGUCCACAAGUAUCUGGAGAGUAUUCAGAGGGAUCUGAAGUAAAGUCCAGAGAGAUCGGAGAAGAGAAGCUGCACAGUUUUGUAGAACUCAUUUCAAUGCACAUUUUUUUAUUUAGAUUUCAUCUAAAUAGAGAAGCAAAAACGUUUAAGUCAAGGCACAUACACUGUCUAUGUUUUAUAUGUCCUCAUUAAGGCCUGUUUCUGUUGUUCUGAAAGCCAGUUCUCAGGUUUGAAUUGCAUAUUUUCAUAUGAUUAGUUCUAUUGUUGAUGUUCACUAGUAAAUAGCUUAGAUAUGGUUAUUUUGUCAGUUUUUUAAAGAUGCAAAAUUAACCUUUUACUGUAUAUACCAACUUGUUUUCUAAAAGUUGUAACUUUACUGUAUUUUUGUCCGUUCAGUCUACUGUACAUUUUAAUAAAGUAUAAAAAAUGUAAAUAA